CUGUCCCCGCUGUCCCCGCAGUUCUACGACGCCUCCGACACCUACGAGAACGUGCUCAAGAUGUUCAACAACGUCUUCACCUCCCUCUUCUCCCUCGAGUGUCUCCUCAAGAUCAUGGCCUUCGGGGUCCUGAAUUACUUCCGCGACGCCUGGAACGUCUUCGACUUCGUGACGGUGCUGGGCAGCAUCACCGACAUCCUGGUGACGGAAUUCGGGAACAACUUCAUCAACCUGAGCUUCCUGCGGCUGUUCCGCGCCGCGCGCCUCAUCAAGCUGCUGCGCCAGGGCUACACCAUCCGCAUCCUGCUCUGGACCUUCGUCCAGUCCUUCAAGGCCCUGCCCUACGUGUGCCUGCUGAUCGCCAUGCUCUUCUUCAUCUACGCCAUCAUCGGCAUGCAGAUGCUGAACCUUUUUGUCGCCGUCAUCAUGGACAACUUCGAGUACCUGACGCGCGACUCCUCCAUCCUGGGCCCGCACCACCUGGACGAGUACGUGCGGGUCUGGGCCGAGUACGACCCCGCCGCAUG